UUCUUUUUUUAGAAGACAGUUAACCAAGUCAAGAGUAACAAAACAAGAAGCUAAAGUAUAGCCUAUAGUUUAAUAAAAGUGAGUGCGAAUUUCAGAAUAUGGCAGGAGAAAAUAGUAAGUUCAAGAACUCAUCAUUUCAUCGCGAAGGUCGAAAGAAUACUGUUAAUACAACUAAUGGAGUUCGAAUGGAUUAUACUCCAAAGAUUGAACCAAAAGAUUCAGAAUUUAUUCAUGAAUUAGUUGAAACUGGUAGACCAAAUUGGAAGAAAGCUCCAACUGAACUUCGGAAACGAUAUAAUGGAAUUUUUUUAAUCCUUAUAGCAAUCCCCCUUAUUGUUGUACCGUCAAUAGAAUUCUAUAAAAGAUUAGAAGGUAAAUCAACUAAAAAAGUUAGACAAGGUGAAUUACUUGAUAAUAAAGAAGUUAGAAUAUAUAAUGAAACAGAGAAAUGGCAAGAAGAGAAGGAAAGCUGGGUAUAUAAAAUAUUUGGUAAAGAUUUCUUCUUAGAUGGAUUUACCAGUAAGACCAUGAAACGGGAUAAACAUGAAGCUAACGAUAAGAAUAAUUAAAUGAAAAUUAAAUGAAAAUUAAAUAAAAUCCAAAUAAUUGAUUGGUGUAUAUUAUUACAAAAGGAUACAAAGUUUGUAUAUAGA